AUGAUUGACGUAAAUGAGUCUAUUGCUGUUAUUGUUCCACUUCAGUGCCACUGUGAAGUCGUCGUCAUUGUUGAAGAGGCUAUGGGUCUCAAUGAUGUUGCAUACGUUCCGAUUGUAGUACUUUUCGUAUUUCACAGACCUCUGAAUAAUGGGAAAGAUAGCACUGUUCUUGAAGUGUUCUAUAGUGGUGUGAAUAAUUGCGCCAAUACUUUUUUUAUGAAUCAAGUGCCCUAA